UCGCUCGCAUCGCGACGUACAUCCCUGCGCUCCCCUACAAUUACGCUCAAUGAUAAUAAUAACAGCAACAAUAAUAAUAAUUCGAGCCUCGUCGUUUAUCUCUGAAAAUAAUAUAAUUUAUUUCACCCAUUCAUAAGUCUCCGCAGUGUUUUAGCAGACAGUCAGAGCUGUACCGACCUUGUCUUGAUCGCAUCGAGGAUCGCAUAUACGCGCGGGCUAGACAGUUUUUAGUCGGAGGUUUUCUCACACAGUUUUUUUUUUCUGUUCACAACCAGCGACCACAGGCGACAGCGUAGAACACGCUGCUUCUACGACAAUAUUAACAAUAAUAAUAAUGGAAAACGGCGAUCAGACGUUCCAACACAUUGCAGUUACGAUAAGCGAGAACGAUAUCGAAAAUGGUGCGUACAAGGUGUUGCAAGAAAUCAGACCGUACUGGCAGCCUUCUAGAGUUAAAUUCAAGCUGUUAACAGAUGGCAUCACAAACAAACUGGUGGGAUGUCGACCAGAGGAUGCUCCGGAGGAAGAAACGGUCCUUGUACGAAUAUAUGGAAAUAAAACGGAUCUGAUUAUUGACAGGAAGGCUGAAACAAGGAAUAUUUUGACUCUAAGCAAACAAGGGUUAGCUCCGAACCUUUACGCUACCUUCGAGAAUGGGUUGGCUUACAGAUACCAACCUGGAUACACCCUCAACAAGCAAACUGUAAGAGAUCCGUUGAUUUAUCCAUUGAUAGCGAGGAAAAUGGCAAAACUUCACAAGGCUAAAGUGGAAGGCGUCGAAAACCCCAGACCUUUUAUAUGGAAAAAAUUGAGGGAUUUUUUGAAUUUGGUGCCUGAAGAAUUCACUAAUGCUGAGAAACAGAGAAGAUUUUUAGAGCUUGGGCUUCCCUCACAAUCCGACUUGAACGAAGAAUUAAUUUGUCUACAGAAAUCACUGGAGAAGACCGAAACACCAAUAGUGUUCUGUCAUAACGAUCUACUGUUAGGAAAUGUCAUUUAUACGGAAAGUGAGAAUGACGUCACGUUUAUAGAUUACGAAUACGCAGCUUUCAACUAUCAACCGUUUGAUAUUGCAAACCAUUUUGCAGAAUUUGCAGGAAUAGAUCUAGACAAUACGGACUAUAAAAAUAAUUUCCCGUCAAAGGAAUUUCAAAAGGAGUGGAUCGAAGUUUAUCUUCAAGAGUUUUUCGGUAUCGAGCCCAACGAAAAUGAAAUUGAAGAGCUCUAUGUAAAAGUAACCAAAUUCGUUCUUGUAUCGCAUAUGUUAUGGGGCGUAUGGGGUCUUAUCCAAGCGGAACAUUCCAGUAUCGACUACGACUAUAUGAAAUUUGCAAAGAUUAGAUUUACAGAAUACUUCACAAGAAAAGAAGAGUUCCUGUCACUCAAAAGCUCGUUAUGAUCGUGAUAGUAAAAUAAUCUGUUUUGCAAUUGAUAUUAAUUUAAUAUAAGAACAAAUUGUAAUUUUUAACCAGAGCAGCUCAUUUUAACGUUUUUAUUUCUCUUAAUUUUGUACAAAAAAAAUAAAUAGAAAUAUUUUAUUUUCCAAUUUCAUACAUUCCUUUCUUGUAGUAACAAUUGGCAAAGAAGAGUAAAUUAACUUGCUCUUAGUGAUAUAGUAGUGUAGAAAGCGAUAAUAUACUAAUAUACCAUAUUUCCUUGUUUAAUUUUAAUAUAAAACUUUUAAAUUGUAUACGUUGAUCUGAUCUAAUUUUAUAUGAGGUGUAUGUAUUGUUUCUAUCAUAAUAUGCGGAACUUUCUUAAAGAAUAGUCACAGGAUAUAUAAAAAUACCUAAAAAAUGUUUUUCCUUGCAUUUGACCUAUAGAAGUUUAUUAAAGGUAUAAACUUAGUUAUACACAUAUAAAAAACCACCUGUUGUUUGUUCUUAAUUUUGUAGUUGAGGUAUUUCUUUUAAAAUGAAAAUAUAAUGGGAUCAGAUAUAGUAUAGUUCAUAAGGACAAAUAAAUUAGAAUCAACUGAGAAUUUUUAUUUUUAAUGUAUUUCUUUGAUAAAAACUGUAUAUUAACAUAAACUAACAUUUAUCAAGUAAUGCUGCCAAGACCAUAUACAAUGUCAUCUAUAUUGAACGAUGUUUUAUAUAAGUAUUAAACAAAA